UUUGUGAUUUGGACUUUUCGUUUGUGACACAAAAUGUUGCGUUGCUUGAACUGUGGGUUACGCGUUCAACGCAUACAGAGGCAUGUUGUUACAACUUUGCCUCAAGAGUUGCUAAUUAUCUUGUCUAUUUGGCUGAGAAUUGAAUAUCUCCCUAUGGAAGAUGUAAUAUGUCAUGCAUGUUAUGUAUUCUUACAAAAUGCUGAUGUAAACACACCUAGAAUAUUAGGUCAUACUAAUAUCUGUGCUGGCUGUGGCUGUUCUUUGAAUGAAGCUAGACUUCAUUCUCUCGAAGAAAAUGGACCAUUAUAUGAUUUUUUUCCAUGGAUUAGAUCAGUACAGAAUGGAAGAGAUAGCUAUGCUGUUUGUCAUAAUUGUUGGCGGCGAGCUAGCCGACAAUUUGAACAAGAUUCUCAACGAGAAAUGGCUAUACCACAAUUGCCACCUGUACCUGCUCCUGCUCCAGCACCUGCCCCUGCUCCGGCACCUGCCCCUGUCCCGGCACCUGCACCUGCUUCUGCCUCUCAGCUGGGCCAGAGAUCAGUUGGAAUGGUCAAUUUACCUCAUUACAAGAGAGCUGCUAGUACAUCAAGACACUGCAUUUAUUCCGACUGCGGUUAUGUACCUAUGCAUUUAAUACCAACAUUUAUUAAAAAUAUGUUAAUUGUAGAUUAUAACUAUUAUGUGCCCCGGUAUUCACGUGUUUGCCAUCACCAUUUGUAUUCUAAUACUUGGCAUGAAUUAUCUUCAAUAUCAAGUUUUAGUAUAAAUCAAAUAGAAGAUUUAGUUAAUAUGGCAAAACAAAAAACUGUCACAUUUAAUUUUGAAUGUGUUGAAGAAAUGCCCAACCACAUAUGCCAUUAUUGGACUGGACUGGAAGUGUCUGAAUUCAUUAUUUUAUUUAAUGAGUUACCUUUAGCUAAUCAGGUACCAUUACCAAAAUCUGCUUUGGCUAUCUUUUUAAUUAAAAUGAGGACAGGGGACAGUAACAAGAGAUUGUCUUCAUUAUUUAAUAUACCUCGAUCAACUAUGGAGAGGCACAUGAACAUUGUACGCUUAUGUUUUAUGGAACAUUUUGUACCAUUACAUAUUGGAUUGCAGCAUCUUAAUAGAGAAGAUGUCAUAAGAAGAAAUCUGAGUAUUCCAAAUGCUUUGUUUGGCAAUCCAAAUGGCUCUGAUCAAACCAGACCUGCAAUCACAAUAUGUGAUGGCACUUACAUAUAUAUUGAAAAGAGUUCCAAUUAUUUCUAUCAAAAGGAAACUUAUAGUUUACACAAAUAUGUGAACCUCGUUAAACCAUUUCUUUGUGUGUGUACAGACGGGCACAUUAUUGAUGUGAUCGGCCCUUAUGCUGCCACUCAAACCGAUGCAGAAAUAAUGAAAGAUUUAUUUACUGAUGAAUCUGGACCCAUGCGAUCAUUUUACAGAGAGGGAGAUGUAUUUAUACUCGACCGAGGAUUCAGAGAUGCGAUCCCACUGUUGGAGGCCUGUAAUUAUAAUGUGCAGAAGCCUGAGUCAUUAAAUGAGGGAGAACGACAACUAACAACUAUUCAGGCAAACAAAAGUCGAUUAGUGACAUUAUGUCGAUGGGUAGUGGAAGUAGUCAACGGACGAUUUAAAAGGGACUUUAAAUUAUUUCGCCAGGAUUUUUUAAUAGAGCUCAUGCACAUUUAAUGAGUGAUUUUAAAAUUGCAGCUUCAUUAAUUAACAGAUUUCACCCCACGCUUCAAGAUCGACCAGAUGCUUCUCUUAUUAUAGAAAGAGCCUUGAGGUAUCAACAUACUCCUAAUUACUUAGCAGAAUUUGUAACAAAUUAUAAUUUAAACAGGCGAUCGGUUAUGUUUAGACGCAUAGACGGCAGGUUUCCUCAAUUAAAUAUAUUUCCCGUAUUUAGUUACUCAGAAUUGAUUAUUUUCGCAUUGGGCCCAUAUCAGGUAAAACAAGCACGAUCAUAUUAUGGCGAACAUGUUCGACAAAAUGGCUUGUAUGAAAUUGAAAUAUGUCCUGAGCUGGAACACUCUGAAGAAAUGGUUGCGGCCGUUGGAGGAAAUAGACCUUAUUUAUUAAGGGGUCGAAUCCAGUCGCGCCAUGUUGGUCGGCGUAAAUAUUUUACGUAUAUUUUAAUUGACACUCAGCCCUCGAGUAGUAAUUGCUUAGAUGCAAUAUUAGGUUACUGUUGCAACUGUCUCGUGGGUAACAGAACAGUGGGAUGCUGUUGCCACGUUAUGGCCAUAAUAUGGUAUUUGGGUUGGGCUAGACACUAAGAUAAUAUAUCGCCGCCAGCAUAAUUCUUAGACAAUAUAUUACUUGUAAUUGAAGAAUAAAACAUUUAACACGUA